UCUUCAGUAAGAAAUCUCCAUUUCGCACGCUUCACGAACACAACGUUGGCGUUUUCAGACCGAAGACUCUCUCUCUCUCUCUCUCCAUGGAUGCCGCAUCCGACGUCGCAGUUCCGGCAUCCGACGCCGCAGUUCCGGCAUCCGACGUCGCAGUUCCCGCAUCCGACGCCGCAGUUCCCGCAUCCGACGCCGCAGUUCCCGCAUCCGACGCCGCAGUUCCGGCAUCAUCCGACGCCGCAGUUCCGGCAUCCGACGCCGCAGUUCCGGCAUCCGACGCCGCAGUUCCGGCGAUCCUGCCGAUUCCGAUCGACCUGUUCGGGUCGAAGAAGCACAAGAACCUCCCUCGCGGCGAGCUGGGGUUCGUCGAUUCCUCCGGUAAUCCCGUCUUCAGGAUCGUCCGCCAACCCAAAUCGUCGUCAUUGUCGUCGCCGCCGCCGCCUCGUCGUGACACGAAAUCGCUUCUCGAUGCUGCAGGCGAUCCGAUCUUAUCCAUCGCUCGCGGUCGCGUGAGUGAUCCUCUGCCUUCCAUCUCUUCUUCUUGGUCCUCGUUUGAAACGGUCAAAUUUCGUUUUUUUUUCCUUUGUCCUUUGAAAGGGUCGUGGCAAAUCUUCAAAGUUGAUAUGGACAAAGAGAAAGAGUUGAUAUGCAACGUGCAGAGAACUCGAAAUUCCCUCACCAGAACAGAGCUAGAGGUCCUUGUUAUUGGUGAAAGCUGCGGCAGUCUAGGUUCAUCCUUCAAGAUGAGGGGCUUUCCGUUCCAGAAGUCUUGCACAAUCUAUCAAGGUGAUUCCAUAGUCGCCCAGACUAGCCUUAUGUACAAGCUUCACCAGAUUUAUGUGAGAAGGGGAAAAUUUCGAUUAACGAUAUAUCCUGGCUCUAUUGAUCAUGCCUUCAUCGUUGCGCUUGUCGUUAUCUUUCUUUCUAGCGGGAAGUAGCAUGCCUUUUCCUUUUUAUGCAAACUGUUAAUGAAAGGACGUCCUGGAAUAAUCUCUGCAAAAGAUGGCUUUUCUCUUCAGUGGUCCAACGUUUAUGGCUUUUUUUUUAAAUGCCAAUUUCUCCCCCACAGAUGCUUCUUUCCAGCAUACAAGAUGCCAUGCGGGACAAGUUCAAUCCUCCUUUGCAGCUUCUUGGAUCGGCAGUCUCAUCAGGGAUUCUCCACUUUCAACAUCUGAUAAAUCAGAUCAGAUGCCCAACAUGAAGUAUUUGCUUGUUGCUGAAUAAAAGAAUGACUCAACGGAGGGGCGACGGGAAAAUGGAGGAACCAACAAUAGCUAUCAUGCCAACAAUUCAAAUAGUUGAAGCUAUCUUCAAGAUGCUGCUGUGAAUUUGCUUGCCCUGGUCUAGGGCUGCAGAUCUUGCAUAGGCCCUCAAAAAUUUAACUUUGGAUGAUAAUUUGAUGUCAUUCAACUAGAGCUGAAAAGCUGACCCUUUGUUCAGCUUAAAGUUCGAUUAUGAUUCUUUGCAGACCAACUUUCCUGCCUCAUAGUUCUGUAUCCACAUUUCGUGGUAUUGGAAAUUUGGAAUGUAGUUUUGGUGGCGAUUAUGAUUCUUUGCAAACCAGCUUAAGUUCGAUUA